AUGAUGGUGCUUGGAGGUUGUCUGUCGAACAAGUUCAAGGCACCGGCGAUGAAGUUGCUCACGAUGGGGAAGGAAAUCAACGGUUCUCGUCCUGCCACCACGGGAUUCUUGGAUUCACAUUUGAGACACAUAUUGGUACAACCCAUCAUUCAUGAGCUGAGAGAUGAUGGUGCAAAGACAAUUCCUAUAUGGCCAUGGUUCGUUUUCUUAGCUGGAGGAAUGGGCUGUUUGGCUUCUAGUACUCUUUCCCAUCUUCUGGCCUGCCACUCAAAACCCUUCAACCUGUUUUUUUGGCGUCUAGAUUAUGCAGGAAUCUCUCUUAUGAUAGUGUGCUCCUUCUAUGCUCCAAUUUACUAUGUCUUUUACUGCAAUCCCUACAUAAGGACUUUCUAUUUGACCUCAAUAUCUGUGCUUGGAGUCCUAGCCAUCAUCACCCUUCUUGCCCCUUCACUCUCUUCCCGUCACUUACGACCCUAUAGAGCAUCUUUAUUUCUUUGCAUGGGGUUUUCAGGUGUCAUUCCUGCUGUUCACACUCUAGCAACCCAUUACGACCACCCGCAUGUUGUUGUUGCGCUCGGGUAUGAGCUUCUAAUGGCAAUUCUAUACACUACCGGAGCUGUGUUCUAUGUUACUAGAAUACCAGAGCGAUGGAAGCCUGGGGCAUUUGAUAUUGCAGGCCACAGUCAUCAGAUUUUUCAUGUUUUUGUUGUUCUUGGGGCGCUUGCACACACUCUAGCCACACUACUUGUAAUGGAAUUUCGACAGGGAUCACCCACCUGUAACACUCAACAUUGUCAAUAGUUGUCAACAUUCUA